AUGAGUGUGAAAGAGCAGCUUCGAGCUUUUCGCUACAUAGCUGGGACGCGCGACAUACCAUGGGCACAUCUACGCAGCGUCAACGUUGCUGCCCAUCAUACUGUUGCACCAGAUUUGCAGUUGAUGAAGAACCUGAUUUCACUUGUUGCCGAGUGUGAUGUUAGCACCGCGGUGGUUGCGAAUACAAGCGAAACAGAUAUGCAUCAGCUGCUGAGUCUCCUACAGCUUUCUUUGCAGUUUGUCCUGUGGUCACAAUCUGUAAUGAAAGGUGAGCUACUCGAAAAGCGAACCUGCGACGCCGCUAAGCGAAUCAGUUCAAAUAGUAUGGGGAGGCUGGAAGAGAAGCUGGAGGCGUCACGUAGGGAACAGUCGAGGCUGCGGGAGGAGCGUGAUGCUCUCAAAGUAACGUGUCGGACUUUAGAGUCCCGAGCCUUACAAGCGGAGUCGAAGGUGCGAUGUCUGGAGAAGGAGCUCCGGGACGAGCGCACGCUCUUUCAGGAAAAUGUUUCUCUUCUUGCGGCAGCGCAGCAUAAACAGGGAGGGAUGAAAGCAGGAAAACGAGCCGAUAACGGUAUCUCCUCACCGCCGGCACACCAAAGGCAACGGGAAGGAGCCGAUAGAAACGACUUGCAGAGAGGCCACAAUUUUGGGAAAAUGUUGAAACAAACCCGAACAGAAGUCCUCUUGGACGCACCAAACGAUCAACUGCGCCGACAUAGUCAAAGUUGCAGUGGAUUGAGCGUUAGUAAUACCACUUCCUGUUGUGCGGAGCGGGAGUCAUUGCUGUGUCUACAAGGUGAAGAAAGGAGGGUACGAUUGUCCAAAACCCCGUCCCUUCAUCACACUCCCCGAAAGAGUGAGGAGCCUGCUCAACCAGAGGUUGUUCUAGCAGUUGGUGCCAUAGAGAAGCUUCGGGCGGAGGUAGAAGCUGCCCAGAGGCAAAUAACCAUGUCUUGUGAAGCUGUGCAUUCAUCUCUUAGCAAUGCAAUGAAGUCUAAUGUGGACGAAACCAAGGCGAUUGUCCAAGGCGUAGGACAGUGGAUGAACAAUCUGUGUGACUCUGUUUCGAAGGAGAAGGAGCAGGAACUUCAGGAGGUCAAGACGUUUCUCGCCAAGUGGAAGGAGGAAGCGCAGCAGAUGUUAGACUCCCAGGUGGUAACAGUGACCGAGCGGUUAAACAAAGAGUUUAUGAUAAAGCAGCAGCAACUGCGGCAACAACAGUGCUCCUCGUCCUCGUCCGUCGCGCCACUGGGGUCGAGCGCUGCGACAAAUGGCAAGGAGUGUUCAUGUCGACACUGCAAUCAGCGCUUUCCCCCUUCCUCACUGAGCGACCACGAGGCAGAGUGCGACCACCGCUUCGUCAACUGUGAAAAAUGUGGACGCCCUGUAAUGGUGCGCCUACUGCCAAAGCACAAGUGUGCAAGUAGGGACAAUAGUGAAUCGGAUAUCCACGAGAUUUCGUCGCAGAUACAACCUUCGUCGAUGAUGUUGCUCGAGACACAAAAGGAACUGCGACUACUGUUGGAGGAAGAUCAGGAAGAGGGUUCGACAAUAUCAAGUGCUGUCUUGUAA